AUAUUAUUCAUAAUGAUCUUAAUAUGUUUGUUAUAAUAUUGUUUACUUUUAAUUAUUAAUCAACACUGUGCAGUUUCUGAGCAGUGAUCCUCAGAAAACCCAUUAGUCACUUUCUGGGUCCCGCAUAAUAGAGCUCUUGUACACGUCGUAAAUCUUAUCUCUAAAGAAUGUUGUGGUUACCUCCAGAGGGUGGGAGAGUGAAGGCUACCGCCCAUUUGGAUGAGGAAGGGUAAAAUCCACUCAUUCUAUCUCAUACCACCUUUGAGACAACACCCAUGCUAUAGAGAAGAGAACUUGUACGAUAUUUGACUUUCCAUGACAAAUUCCAUCCAAUAGGGGGUUUAUCCUUUCUCGGGUUUAUUUUCGAGAAUAAAGUAUGACAUCAAAACAACCUGGACCACAAUAUUGAGUCUUCAUUAAUCUCAUUAUCUGUGUUACAAAUGGCGUAAUCGGCAGGAUGUCAACAUAAGUUAUAACCCCCUACGGAUGACGAGGAUUGCUGAUCCACUACAGGAGAGAGAUCAACCAAUAUCUUGGAGUAGAGCCGGACACUGGUAGACCCUGGUAGACCCCGAUGAUCAGAGCUGGAUGUAUCCCCCUGGAUAAGAACUGUUAAUCGCGAGAGUAACCUGAAGGGCAACCCUAGCUACUACGGACUGAUCGGAUGCAAGUGGAGCUCAGCAAGUGCAUGGAAAUCCCAAGAAUGAACAGUUGUUGAAAAGACUCUAAAGAACUUUAGAAAAAUAAUGUAAUUCAGUUGCAUAUUUUGAAGUGCAUAUUUUCCCGCUUACCUUAAGUGGAGAUCUAACAAACAACGCAUUGUUUCUUUGCAACAGCUAGAUUUCUAUCUUUUUUGUGCAUAUAGUAACAGGUACCAGAUGAGCAUGGAAGAACUCAGGAAGGAGAUCGAUAUGCUGAGGGCAGCCCUGAAGGAGGCCACAGAGGUCAAAGAGGAGGCUGGAAGGGAAGCGGCAGGUGCUACCAGGCCAGUCUACGUGGCUCCAGGGAGGCGCUUAGAUGUGUUUUCCGGAAAGCAGACCCGUCCUUCUGACCAGACAGUUCACGACUGGGUUGCAAGCGUGAGAGCCCAGCUGGAGCUAAGGGGUCUCAAGGGAAGAGAGGCAGCUGCUUUUGUGAAAGAAUACCUGGAGGGGGAUGCGCGAAGAGAGGUAAGCGGGAGGGGAGAUGAGGUCCGGGACGACCAUGAAGCUAUAUUUGGGGUGCUAACCAAGGUGUUUGGGGAUGGCAACAGCCUUCCCCAACUCCAGCAGAAGUUCUACUCAUACAUGCAGGGGACGUCCCAGGACCUAUUGAGCUGCUCUCUUCAGCUGGUAGACCUCUUUGACAGGAUGGUUCAGCUGGACCCUACCAUUAAGGGCCAGCGGGACCUAUCUUUGAAGAGCAGGUUCGCAGAGGCCGUGAGGGAUGAGUCUCUAAGGCGCGAGCUACGGCGGCUCAACACAGAAACGUCAAGCCUUUCCUUCUUCGCCCUUCGGGACAGAGCUAUGGAAUGGCUGGGACCGGCACCUACCAAACCUAAGGAGGCGGCUGUCAGGAGUAUCGCUGUCGAGAAAGACAUCCUGGACCUUAUGAAGAAGCAGGCCGAGCAGAUGGAGCGCCAGCAGGUGCAACUCGACCAGCUUAGCUCCCUUCUGACAAGCAGACGACAAACACCUUCAGGGGACGGGAAAUGCUAUAAUUGUGGCGAGAAGGGCCACAUUCGGCGCAACUGCCCCAAGCCAGUUCCAGAACGAAGGCCGAGGAGAGAACAGAAACUUGGUGAGUCACCGAUUAGACCUUCAUCGAGUGCACCAGGUUUAAACGAAUAGCUCCCACCGUCAAG